AUGUCAUCUGCGAGAUCCUCCCGCUCCGGUCUGCGCUUUGGUCUGCGUGGCCGUUCUGUUGAGGUGCCAUUGGUGGGAUGCCCCGAUUGCGCCGAACCUGUCAAGUGCUACCGCUCUAGCACCAAUGAGCAUGAUGGCUGGAAUUUCCACAAGUGCACCCACGACAAUGUCAUCUGUGAUUUCUGGCGCUGGGAGAUGGAAUAUGUGCAGCAUCUGGUUGAAACUAGGGUUCUUGUUGGUAAUGCUGCUGUAGAUGCAAUUGGUGCAGCUGAGGACAGGAGGGAAGAGCUUGAGAGGAAGAGGACUGAGUGGAUGGCAGGAAGAAACUUAGCUGGAAGGGCCUUGGCUGGAAGAGGCAUUGCAAGUAGGGUGAAUUUUGACAACCCUAGUGAGAAAAACCUUGCUACCAAGCAGCAAGUUGCUAUACUUCUUGGAUUUGGUAGAGAGAUCCUGCUAGUGCUAAAGCUUCUUAUAGCUAGUGUUGUGAUCCACCUUUGCUUCCUCCGCAGCCACAAGUAUCUCUCUUCUCUGUUCUUCCACCACCAGAUCGCCUUCUUCCCUUCUUCACUUCUUGCUCCAGCGUCAACCAUGGUGUCGUGGGAUGAUCUCCCUAGCUCUUCUGGAGACGACUCGGUUACCAGCAAGGCUCCCGCCACAAUCUUCUGUGAGGAAUGGAGAGGCCUGGCCACAGAUUUGCCUAGUUUUACAUGUCAGCAUGGAACUUUGUGUGAGAAGGUUGUGGCAUUUGAAUCAAUUGAUACUGGCAGGAGAUUCCUAACCUGUGCCCAGAAGGAAGUACCUAGCUGCAACUAUGUGAAGUGGGUUAACCCUGAGUGGCCUGAUGCUAUGAAGAUGAGCCUAGCUAGGAUAUGGAGCAUGUAUGAAGAGGAGACAAAACAGAAUCUGAGACAAAAUGUUCUGAAUGUUGAGGAAAACUUGAAGAUUAUGGAAGAGAGGAAGAAGUUGGAAAAAGAGCUUAGCAAUUUCAAACUUGAUUUUGCUAAUAUGGUGGCUGAGAAGGAGCAGGCAAUUAGCCAAUUAGGCAGCACACAAAUUGCUAUGGCUGAUCUUAUGGAAGAGCUUGAGAAGAGGAAGAUGAAUGACAAAACAGUAACAAGCAUUCAUCAGGUAUUCAGGGCUAAGGCAGAAAAAAAGAGAGAUCAAGUGAUGCAGGAGAGGGACCAAGUCAUUGGAGAGAGGGAUAAAUUAAAGCAAGAGAAGAGAAAGCUUGAAUACAUGAUUGGUGACUUGUUCAAACACAAAGAGGACACCAAGGAGAAGAUAAGGAAGCUUAAGGGGAUGCUGGAUGAUUUUGAUUGA